UCAUGUCAGAUAUAGAAGAGGAGUACGAUGAACAGGCAGAGGAGGAGCAGGAGGAGGAGCAGCAGGAGGAGGAGGAGCCAGAGCCGGCAGAGGAGGAUGGAGGAGGACAGCAAGAGUACCAAGAUCAAGAAGCCCAGGAGGAAGAAGAGGAGCGCCCAAAACCCAAACCCAUGGUGCCUCAACUUGCCGCUCCAAAGAUUCCUGAGGGUGAGAGGGUGGACUUUGAUGACAUCCACAGGAAGCGUAUGGAGAAAGACUUACUGGAGCUGCACACCCUGAUUGAUGUCCAUUUUGAGCAGAGGAAGAAGGAUGAGGAGGAACUUAUCGGCCUCAAGGACCGUAUUGAGCGUCGCCGGUCAGAGCGGGCUGAGAUCCAGCGAGUUAGAACAGAGAAGGAGAAGGACAGACAGAACAGGAUCGCGGAGGAACGCCACAGAAAAGAGGAAGAGGAGGCCAAGAAGAAGGCUGAUGAUGACGCCAAAAAGAAGAAAGUGCUGUCCGGCAUGGGAGCAAACUUUGGGGGCUUUUUGGCAAAGGCUGAGUCAAGGAAGGGGAAGCGUCUGACAGGCAAAGAGAUCAAGCGGAAGACUCUGACUGAGAGACGAAAGCCUUUAGACACUGAUAGCAUGAGAGAGGAUGCGCUUAAGCAACGAGCCCAAGACAUGUGGAACAAGAUCUACGAGCUGGAAUCUGAGAAAUUUGACUACAUUGAGCACAUGAAGCACCAGAAAUAUGAGAUCAUCGUGCUGCUGAACAGAAUCCAACAUGCUCAGAAAUUUAAAAAAGUCCACGGUAAAGGAAAGGUUGGUGGUCGCUGGAAGUAAAGAGAAAAAGUUGAAAAAGAAAAAAAGAAAGAGUUGGGACGGUGGAAGCACACAUUUUCUCUUCAGGGUCUACUUGUGUCAGAGUUUCUCUGUAGGCCUGUUCUGCGUGUGCGAGGAAUAUUCAUGUUUCUUGAUAAAAUACAGUAUAUUGAUUAAAAAAAAUUAAAGCCUCA